AUUUAUUAUGAAUACUAGAAUGUGUGAAAAUUAGAGUGUUAAAAUAAGAUUGAAAUAUUGUUUUACAAUUGAAUUAAUUCACAAAGAGAGAUUCAAGUGUUGUUUUUUAAUAUUAAUAAUAAAUAAAAUUUUGAUUAGAUGAGCAUAGAUAUUGAAGGUUAAGAAAUAGAUGAAAAGCAGGAAAUUCCAAUAUAUCCACUUAUUUAGCCAGAUCAAUAUAUAAUAGAAGUCAGAAAUGUUCAUAAAACUUACUUAUUGGGAUUAGAGGGUGUUACUGCAUUAAGAGGUUGUAAUAUGGUAUAAAUAAAUUAGGAGUAUCUUUUAAUGUUUAAGAGAGAGAGUUUAUAACAAUUUUAGGUACAUCAGGAUGUGGCAAGACUACAUUACUAAAUCUAUUAGGUAGUAUAGAUUUACCUACAAAAGUAUAAUCCAUAAUCCUAAUCUAAAAUAGGGUGAUGUAAGAAUUUGUGGUCAAAGAAUAAGAGCCUCUACAGAAGAUAAAUUCCUUGCAUCACUUAGAUUAUCAUCUUUGGGAUUUGUUUUCCAAACUUUUAAUUUAAUAACAUCAUUGACAGCAUUAGAGAAUGUGGAAUUACCUAUGAUCCUUAAAGGAACAUUAAGUAAAGCUGAAAUUCGAAAUAAUGCCAUGUAAUUAUUAGAAUAAGUUGGAUUAAGUGGAAGAUUAAAUCAUUAUCCAAAUUAAUUAUCAGGAGGAGGUAAACAUUUAUUUAUUAAGUUUUAGAAUAAUAAAGAGUUACAAUUGCAAGAGCAUUAGCUAAUAACCCAUCUAUUUUAUUAUUAGAUGAACCAACUGGAGAUCUAGAUACUAAAAAUUCAGAUUUAAUAAUGAAAAUUAUAAUUGAUUUGAACAUUGAAAAAGGUAUUACAAUCAUUAUGGUUACUCAUGAUACCAAUUUAAAAAACUAUGCUACUAGAACUAUUAGAAUGUUAGAUGGUAAAGUUGCUAAUGAUGAAGUAAUAAUACUGUACUAUUUUCAUUUUAGAGAAAUGAUGCAUAAAACAGAAAAAAACAUAUUGAAGAUUUAGCCAAUGUUGUAAGAUAAUAUUAAAAUGUCAAUUUUGGAGUUCGUCCUGGAACUUUAAAUGAGAAUAUAUAAGGGUAUUAUAUUUUAUUUAAUAUUUUACAUAGUGUUUCAAAAACAGAAAAAAGAUAACCCAAUAAUUAUAAAGUAUUAAACCAUCUUUAUACUCCUAAUAAUAUAUUAAAUAAUCGACUAGAAUUACAAACAUAAAUUUAAUAAUUCAAUACACCUAAUUAAACAGCUAAUCCAAAUCUAUUUAUUUAAAAUAAAGAAUCAGUUUAGGAAUGA